CUGUAUCGAUCGGUUUUAUCGUCCUGCACGGCGCAGCACAGGCUACGUUAUCAUCUAAUAGCCACUUGUGCAACGCUGCAGCUAUACCGGCCGCGCUUGCUGCACUAGCGUGCAGGUUCAGGCUGCCUGCCACACGCUUACGCAGUGCACGCAGUCGCGGCGUGAAUGCGGCGCAUAUCAGCGUUGUGCGCAGCCGCGGCAAUUGGCUGCGCCGACGGACUCGCGGCGAUGAACCGCGUAGGCGUCGUGUUUGAUAUUGAUGGUACAUUAGCCGACAGCUUCCGGCUCGGCUUCGACGCCACGAACGUGGUGCUGCAACGGAACGCCUUCCCCCCCAUCAGCGAGGCGGACUAUCACGACAAUUGUAUCUACGUGACGCCUGAGCGCAUGGCGCGCCACGCCGUCGGCGAGCACGACGAGGACCUCGGGCGGCGAUUGGGUGCUGAGUUCGAUCGGGAGUACAUUGCGUUGGUAUCGACGGAGACGGCGGGCUUCUAUCCCGGCUUGAGGCCGCUACUGGAACGGCUGCGGGACAGCGGCGCGGUGCUCGGCGCUUUAACGAACGCAGCCGUCGCGUACGCCGAGGCCGUGCUCUUGGUAAACAACGCGCGGGGCGCGUUCGGGUCGGUCCACGGCGCCGAUUCCGUCGAACGCGCGAAGCCGUUCCCGGACGGCUGCCUCCGCGUCGCUGCUGAUUUGGGGCUCGAGCCGAAGGGAUGCAUAUACGUGGGCGACGCCCCUACUGAUGGAGCCGCGGCGCGGGCCGCUGGAUACGGAGCGGCCGUUGGCUGCAGCUAUGGCAGCCAUGCCGCGUCGAAAUUGGAGGCGUCGGGGCACUUCGACGUCGUCGUGCCCGACGUCGCGGCGCUGGAGAAGGCGUUGUUUCCAAAGGGGUUUGAUGACGAUGAUGAUGCGCUGGCGAGCGUGGUGAGGGGUAAUUAAUUACUUAUUGUUACG